GGUUCUUGGGCUGAUCGUGGCGGAGACAGUGGUCGGUCGGUUUGCGGUUAAGAAAGGACGCGGUCACUGUGCUGGAGGAACGUGUCGGCAUGUGGAUAUUCGGGUACGGCUCGCUGAUCUGGAAAGUGGAUUUCCCUUAUCAGGAGAAGUUGGUGGGUUAUAUUCGGGGCUACAUCCGUCGAUUCUGGCAGGGCAGCACCGACCACCGGGGUGUCCCGGGCAAGCCUGGAAGAGUUGUCACACUUGUUGAAGAUCCUGAGGGCCUCGUGUGGGGUGUGGUGUAUAAACUUCCAGAUGGAAAAGAAGAAGAAGUGAAGGAAUAUCUUGACUUACGAGAAAAAGAUGGUUACAGGACUAUUACAGUUACAUUUUAUCCAAAGGAUACUUCAAUAGAUCCUUUCCCUGUGAUUCAAUACAUAGGAACAUGUGAUAAUCCCAAUUACUUGGGUCCAGCACCCUUGGAAGACAUGGCUUUGCAGAUUUUAAAUGCUGUUGGGCAAAGUGGAAGGAACACAGAGUACCUAUUUGAACUUGCUGACUCCUUACGAAAGAUCGUUCCAGAAGAUACAGAUGAACACCUCUUUUCAUUAGAGAAAAUGGUCAAGGAACUCUUGGAGAGAAAUGGAAAAAGUAACUGUAUAUGAAGGAUUGCCACAAUAAAGUAGGACUGGAAUAGUGACUAUCUUCAAUUUAAACCCUCACUCUCUAAUUUAUACUUGCU